AUGACCUACUCACCGCCAGCUAAUGCUAUAUUCCUUAUACUAGGUGUCUCUAUCCUCUCGUACAUCUUGACUAGGCGUGCUCGGCUUCAACAGAAGGUACAGAGAAGCUUCGAGGCCCCCGAAGCCCCGCCAAACACCAGCUCUGAACUGAGUACUGCGCUUGAGCAGAGCUUGGUGCUUGUUCCAGCUGUGCAAUCCACAUCAACACAAGGAGAUCAACAUUCACCAUCCCAUUCUACUAUCCAUCGACCGCUUAAUGGCCCUAUGUGCUUUCGCAUAUCUGGUAUUCCUUUGGGGUGGAGUAGUGAAAAUGUCAAGCAGGCGUUGAGAGAUAUCGACCCCAUUGUCGAAACGGAGAACGCCGAACUGUCCGGACCUUUUCCAGACUGUUCUGACUCUUCACAAUGUGCAUUACUAAACUUAGAUUUCUGUACUGAUUACUUGACGUUCUCCGGGCCAAAUGAUGUGAAGCACAUAAGUAUUACAGAAGAUGGAAAAAGAUCUCAGCUUACUAUCGACAAACACUUUUACGAUUUGACGCCAAUGAACAAGCCCGAAAAGCCAAUUGUCGCAGAUAUAAUUGCUAUUACAGGCCUCGGAGGCCAUGCUUUUGAAUCUUGGAGAAGUCGAGCCUCCACCGAUCGUCCCAUCCACCGCCCAAUGUGGAUACGCGACUUUCUACCAGAGAAAUUCCCAAAUGCCCGAAUAAUGACAUAUGGAUAUGACAGCUGUCUACUCAAUCCGAACAGGGCAAGAAUGACAGAUUACAGGCGUAACUUUACGCAAUCUCUCCGUAAUUCUAGACGCGAUUGCUCACAUGGGGGGACUUUUAGUAAUUCAGAUACUGGUGGAAUGGAGUCGAAAUUCACGGCAACAUUCGCUUCGCGACUUUUCUAUGAAACCGAACCGACAAAUUCAGUCAAAAGGUUGGAAACCGGGCGAUUUGAUAGAAUUGGGGGCCCUGUACAAGUGGUGAAACCAUUCUCAGCACAGCUCUAUCUCCCGGGAGAAGACUGCUUUCCCAUCAUAUCCACUCAUACAGACAUGGUAAAAUUUGCUACAGCGCAAGAUAAAUCGUUUCAGACUGUUGUUACGGGGGUGAAGGCUUGCCUUGCAAAAUCAGAUACGGAUAUCAUCAUCAGUCUCCUCGGGAAGUUAGCGAGUGUAGAUGUCGACGAAGACUUUUAG